CUUUCCUACAUCAUACCUACCUGCUUCCGCUCGGUGCUCCGAAUCUACUACUUGCCUUCGUCAUCAGGGUUAAGGUACGUGACAUCCCACUUUCUUUGAUGCUUUCCCCAUGUGCCUGGCCCAGCGCGCACCACGCCCGACUUCAAUAUUCCCAUUCAUUCCGAUGCGCCAUGCCGUCCAGCCGAAGACAGACAACACGGCCGUCGACCCGAUACACCACCGUAACCGAUCAUGACUUGACGCCAUGCCAUCGUGCUCUCUUGUUGGUCGUCCUAGUACUUCCGCUUGAGACGCGUGUGCGCGUGGAGCCAUGUGGGAGCAGAGGCCGAGCAGAGAGAGCUCUCACAUUGAUUUUCGCGCUUCGGCGCAACUCUCGGCGCAGAGUCCAAAAUCACCACCAAAAUCCAUCACCAAAACAUCAUGUCUCCGCAUCCGCACCGCGCCGCUGGGCCUUGCAGCAGAACCACAACCGCGCAACGGUGCGCUCAGCGAGCAUCUGGUUCCACGAUCCCCCAGGACCCUACCCAACUCCCAUCAACCUCCAUGUUGAACGAGUGCUACUGGUACUUCACAUCCACAAACUCUCGCUCUUCAAACAAACUCCCGCUCAUCACCGAUUCUGAAACGCAGAUCCUUCUCUCUCCAUCUUUCGCUCUCACUCUCACGAAGUCUACGACCGUGUGCAAUCCCGGAGUUCCGUCAUCGGCAAUUUUCCCUUCACUUCCUGGAUCGAAUCGGUCUUGAAACCAGCGAAUAUUUCUUCCUUGCAGAACUCCCUCGACGGUGUCUUUCUUGCGCGCCUGCCCUUCGGUCCUUUCACUGGAGUCUGUCGUGCAAAGAGCCAUUGCGAACCAGCGAUUUUCGGUCCUACUACUGCAUCGAAUUCACUUUCUCAAGGAGGAAUCCUCGGCCACGUGCGCUUGUUAUCAUCGUAG